AGUUGACGAUCGUCAGAGAGUUUGAUUUGCUGUUGUUACGCUCAACUCAAUUCGAGAUAAUUUCGAACGCCGCGGCGCGCGUGUUGCACGAAAAUCUUCAUCCCCUCGAUAUUAUUGUACGUCGGUGCAUGUGCCAGACGCGGGGCUGUACGGGCGCGGCGCUUGCGCAACCCCUUUUUUCUUUCAUACUCACUUUUAAUAUCCGAACUGCAUUUCGGUUUCACUUUCAUUCGGAAUUUCGAAAUUGAAGCGCGCGUGUAUCGCACUCGAAAUCACCUAUCGAAAUGUCGACGUAUUUUCAGUGAUUUUUUUUUUUUUUUCGGUAUAAAUAUAUAAAAAAAAAAGUGUGCAAUAUGCAAACGGCGACGAUUGUGUUCAAAACUGAAAAAAAAGAGUUCGGAGUUACAUCUGGUGCUAUAGUUUCUUCUUCGACUUCGACGUCGUCCACCGGGGCCGGUCAUAUGCGGCCGCCGCCGCCGCCACCGCCGCCCAAGGUUAAGGUGUUGGAUAUGAAACUCGAGGAACCCACUAGUUCGAUGCCUGAUCUCGAAUUUGAUGGUACGACUGUACUAUGUCGAGUUUGCGGAGAUAAAGCGUCGGGAUUUCACUACGGCGUACAUUCCUGCGAAGGAUGCAAAGGUUUCUUCAGACGCAGCAUCCAACAGAAAAUACAAUACAGACCUUGUACCAAAAAUCAACAGUGCUCCAUAUUGAGGAUCAACAGGAAUCGUUGUCAAUAUUGCAGGCUUAAAAAAUGCAUCGCAGUCGGAAUGAGCAGAGACGCUGUCAGAUUCGGUAGGGUGCCCAAAAGAGAAAAAGCCAGAAUUUUGGCGGCCAUGCAACAGAGUUCGAAUUCUCGUUCGAUCGAAAAAGCGAUCAGCGCCGAACUCGAAGAUGAACAUAGAUUACUCGAAACUGUCGUUAGGGCUCACAUCGAUACUUGCGAUUUUACUAGAGAAAAAGUCGAACCUAUGCUACAAAGGGCCAGGGACAAUCCUUCUUAUACAGCCUGUCCGCCGACUCUGGCGUGUCCGUUGAACCCGAAUCCGCAACCGUUAACGGGACAACAGGAGAUGCUGCAGGAUUUCUCGAAAAGAUUUUCACCGGCGAUAAGAGGCGUCGUGGAAUUCGCGAAACGUAUACCGGGUUUUACUCUAUUAGCUCAAGACGAUCAAGUUACUUUAUUGAAAGCGGGAGUAUUCGAAGUGCUUUUAGUGCGACUCGCGUGUAUGUUCGAUUCCCAAACGGCCAGUAUGAUAUGUUUGAACGGACAAGUGUUGAAACGCGAUUCGAUUCACAAUAGUUCGAACGCUCGAUUCCUCAUGGACAGUAUGUUCGAUUUCGCCGAUAGAAUGAACUCCCUUCGAUUAUCCGACGCGGAAAUCGGACUGUUUUGUUCGGUGGUCGUUAUAGCGGCCGAUCGACCCGGUCUCAGAAACACCGAACUCAUCGAAAAAAUGCACAACAAACUGAAAUCCUCGUUGCAAAUGGUGGUGGCGCAAAACCACCAUUCCCAACAACACGUCAUGGAGGAAUUGAUGAAAAAAAUACCGGAUCUGCGCACGUUGAAUACUUUGCAUUCGGAAAAAUUGCUCGCCUUCAAAAUGACCGAACAACAACAGAUGAUGCAACAACAACAACAACAACAACAACAACAACAACAACAACAAAACGCUUGGAACGUUGGACAAAUAGAAGAAGAGAAUAACAGUAGUAAAAGUCCGGCGGCGUCUUCGUGGUCUUCUUCAUCGGAUAUAACGAUGGACGAAGCUAAAUCUCCUCUAGGUUCGGUCAGUAGUACCGAAUCGAUGUGUUCGUCGGAAAUCCACGAUUACCAUCAUCUCCAACAUCAUCAUCACCAUCAACAUCAUCAUCAUCAACAUCAGAAUAUAACCAACACUCCUCUAUUAGCGGCUACGUUAUCGGGAGGCGUCGUUUGCCCGCACAGACAUCGCGCCAAUUCCGGUUCGACGUCAUCGGGCGAAGACGAAUUGGCCGCCACCUCCCAUUUGAUACACAACGGCAUAACGAUAACUCCGGUAUCCCGACCGUCUUCGCACAAUCCUCGAUUCCGGAAAUUGGAUUCGCCCAGCGAUUCGGGCAUCGAAUCCGGCACGGAAAAAAUGGAAAAACCGACGUCGGUCUGUUCGAGUCCGAGAUCUUCGAUGGACGAUCAUCACAUUGUUGAAGAUAUGCCGGUGUUGAAACGAGUGCUGCAAGCGCCUCCAUUGUACGAUACGAAUUCCCUGAUGGACGAAGCCUACAAACCCCAUAAGAAAUUCCGAGCUUUGAGGAAUAAGGAUUCCGCCGAAGCGGAACCGGUCGUCGUCGUCGUCCCAACGACGUCCCCCCAAAAGCAAUCGACCGCCGUUUCCAACCCGCAAUCCAGUUUGUCCAGUUCGCAUUCGAUGUUGGCCAAAUCUUUGAUGGAGGGUCCGAGGAUGACGGCCGAACAGAUAAAAAGAACCGAAGUUAUACACAGUUUUAUAAUGAGAGGCGGCGAGGGGAAUUCGCCGAUGGUGACGGCGGCGCCGACGGCUUGUCCUUACAAAACCUCCAACGGUUCCUUGUUGUGGGCGGCCUCCACCAGCGUCAUAACGACGACGGCGCGGCAGAAUCAGAUGCAAACGCCGCCUCCGCCUCCGCCGCCGGCUACUAAUACGCAGGAUUAUAACCGGUUGUAUUUGCAAUCGCCGCAUUCGACUUCGCCGGCGCCGUCGAGGUCUCCGAAGAUGGUGGAGCUGCAGGUGGAUAUAGCGGAUCCUCAACAACCGUUGAAUCUGUCGAAGAAAUCGCCGUCGCCGCGGGAGGUGGUCACUUUGGAGGUGUAAAUUGAUAUGUCGAAGCUGCGCGAGAUUUAGUACAAAGUGGAGUGCAAAAAAUAUAAAAA